CAUCAUCAUCGAUGAAAACAUUGAAAAAUGACGAUAACCAAACAAAAGCUUCAUCUACAUCCGGUUCAUCAUCAUCAUCGAUGACUAUGGCAACAACAACGGCAUCAAGUUCAUCAUCAUCAUCAUCAUCAUCAUCAUCAAGCCGGCUACGUACAGCAUUCACAUCGACACAGAUUAUACAUUUGGAACAUGAAUUUGCAAAAAGUAUGUAUCUAUCAAGAUUACGACGUAUUGAAAUUGCACAUUAUUUAGGAUUAAGUGAAAAACAGGUAAAAAUUUGGUUCCAAAAUCGUCGUGUUAAACAUAAAAAAGAACAACAUAAUAAUAAUAGCCAUGAUCAAUAUCAUCAACGAUUUAUUGGUAAUAGCCAAAAAAGUCCAAAUCCAACAUCACCAUCAACAACAACA